GAGGGAAGAACACCCUAUUUUGUCAUCGUUCCAGUAUUAUUUGUUACCAGUGGCCACACCGCGAUAAGCCCCGUCCCGGGAUCAGUCCGGUCCCGGGUCGCUUCCCGGUGUUUUCCACCGAAGCUCUCUGACGUCAUUUCCUCACGGUUGUCACUUCCGGAUGCGGUAAGGAGAGAAGGGAAACAUUCGGCAAAGCAGGGGUUAAUUUAAAUGACAGCCGCGACUGUAAAGUUAGUUGAAACAUAAAGUGCAUCGAUCUUGAUACUAGCCGCAGUGUUAUCUCCUGGCCGGUGUCCCGGUGGACUUGGACCGGGGCGGAGAGACUGGACCCUCCGGUUGUUCGUGACUCGCGUUACCGACCGCAGAAAUCGACGAGCUUCACGGAUCAACAAACGGUGGAAACACGGAACUGUGCUGUGUGGAUGUUUGAUCCGUAAAACCAUAACCGAGCGAUUAGGGACUUGGUUUAAUGUGUGGAGAUCCGGAUCGGGUGGUUUUGGUUUAGAUCGGAUUGUAAACCUGGGAGCCAGCUGUCAACAAAGCUAAGCCAAGUUUUAACGAGGGGACGGAUCUGCCUUUUCUCUUCACUUUUACCGACUUCAGAGUUAAAUCACUCGUUAUCCUCUGAUCGAUGACGGACAUGGAUCUGAUGUGGACUUCGAUAUCAGAACUCUGUGCGGUUCUUACGGGCUGUGAAUAACGCGUUGGCCCGCGGGCUUAUCUUCAGCUUACUCCUUCCGUCUCCUGCUGACUGGACGCUUUAACUUCUGCUGUCAUUGUGUGUGUGGCAAUAUUGCUGUGUGGAACUGUUCCUUUAGUCUGUUUUAUAACUUAUCGAACCUAAAUACGACCUUCAUCUCAACAGUACACUAUGAACGGCCUUUCUCUGAGCGAGCUGUGUUGCCUGUUCUGCUGCCCCCCCUUCCCCGGCCGCAUCGCCGCCAAGCUGGCCUUCCUGCCCCCCGAGCCCACCUACACCCUCAUGCCCGACCCGGACGCCGGCCCCGCCCUGCCCCCCGGGGCGGCGGGCGGCCUGGGCUGGAAGCUCCACCUGAUGGACCGCGCCGAGUUCCAGUACUCCCAGCGGGAGCUGGACACCACCGAUGUGUUCCUCACGCGCUCGGCCCGCGGCAACAAAGUGAGCUGCAUGUACAUCCGCUGUGCCCCCGCUGCCAGGUUCACGGUGCUCUUCUCCCACGGUAAUGCGGUGGACCUGGGUCAGAUGAGCAGCUUCUACAUCGGCUUGGGGACGCGGAUCAACUGCAACAUCUUCUCCUACGACUACGCCGGCUACGGCGCCAGCACGGGCAAGCCGUCGGAGAAGAACCUGUACGCCGACAUCGACGCCGCCUGGCACGCACUGCGCACGCGGUACGGCAUCAGCCCUGAGAACAUCAUCCUGUACGGCCAGAGCAUCGGCACGGUGCCCACGGUGGACCUGGCGUCGCGCUACGAGUGCGCCGCCGUCGUGCUCCACUCCCCGCUCACCUCCGGCAUGAGGGUGGCCUUCCCCGAGACCAAGAAGACCUACUGCUUCGACGCCUUCCCCAACAUCGAGAAGGUCUCUAAGAUCACGUCCCCGACGCUGAUCAUCCACGGGACGGAGGACGAGGUGAUCGACUUCUCCCACGGCCUGGCGCUCUACGAGCGCUGCCCCAAGGCGGUGGAGCCCCUCUGGGUGGAGGGCGCUGGCCACAACGACAUCGAGCUGUACUCCCAGUACCUGGAGCGCCUGCGGCGCUUCAUAGGGCAGGAGCUGGCCGCACAGCCCCCCUAGUGGUGGGAGGGGGGAGUGCUCCUCGCCCUCUCCUCCUGACCCCCCCAACCCCCGUCGUCGUCGUCGUGGGCGUGCUACCGACCCCACAACCAGACGAGGACCUCCCUGAAAUACGUUUACCAAAGUGUAGAAUCACAACCCGCCACUCCUCCCUCCAGAACUACAGACGUUUUUUUUUACAGGAAGCCGAGACUACAGUCAGCAGCACCAACACAGCCAGUGGAGGCGGAGCCAAGCAUGCUCUCCCCCCCCCCCCCCCCCCCCCCCCCCCCCCCCCCCCCCCACCGCCUCUUCUCAAAGACUCACCUGUCCCGGGGCCAGGAGCCCAGUCCCGUGCGUCAGAGGGAAUCCCUCCCCGACACUCGGGCUGGCGUUGGGGAGCCACGGUCUCUCUCAGAGCCAGCAGGACAUCCAGGCCUCCACGUGCUGCAUCUCCUCCGCGACCCUGUCUCGGGGGGGCAUUUUUAUUUCUCAAAUGUAAAACUUAUUUAGUGUGUUUUGUAUGAUAAUGGUGAGACGCCUCGAUCCGUCGAUGCGUUCUCACUUUUUAUUCGUGCAUUAGUUCUAUCGGGUUGAAACCAGUGCCGCUUAUUAUGACUAACGAGACCAAGCUGUUUGGUGACACAUGCUCCGCUGCUAUGCCUCACGUAACCGCGCGUCCAAUGCACUAUACCCUGCCGCGUUUUGACUCUAUACCCCUCGGAGUGACGUCCGGGUGCCCAGUCGUUUGUACAUAUUCGGGUGGAUGUAAACCCUGCUUUACAUUUUGAUAAUCCUUUUAACAUUAACGUAGCGGAUGAUCUAACACUGACCUCUGCGACCCAUAGACCCAGUUUUUGUUUUGUCUUAGCGGUGUUAUUUACGGGGAUAUCUCUGACGGCUAAUGUUAUCUUUUCUGUGGGCUCUUCUUGAUCAACUGGUGGUGGGCAUGGUUCGUUCACUGUCCUGCAGAUUUGUUUUUAAGGCAUUGGUUGCACGCCGACUCGCCACUCGUGCACAUCCAUUUUGUAUGGUUUUAUUUAACAGAUUACAUUUGCCUGAAAUACCUCGUAACACUUCCCAGACUUCAGACUCGACCACAACAUUGGCAGUAUGUCCCCUUUUGUGGCUCCAGUUUGUUAAGGCUCUGGCUUGAGCAAGGCUAAAGGUGAAUACUUGGUGGUUUAACAAAAACCAAAUGGUAUUGUUUAGUUUGUGUGUGCCGAUUAAAUGUAAUGUUUAUAUUUCUACCAAAGACUAAAGUGCGUCUUUCUCUAUUUACGGCUGGCAACUUGUCCCUUAAUAUGCAGUUUUAACAAGAAAUGUAAUUUUUUCAUUUUGCCCUGGACACAAAUUGUAAAGCAUUCAGCAAAAUUAUCAUAUUUUUCUAUCGUGUCAAGACUCGUGUUUUCCACUCUCACAAGAAAAGAUGUUAAAUUCUAAAGCCCGCCUGGGCAGUUAUUUCAUAUUGCUUUGCAGGGAGGUGAAUGCAAUCCAACCAAAUCUGUAGUUUUGUAGAGCAACUGUUUAUGGGCACAAUAUGGGCCCUGUUUGAGUGUGUGUGUUUGUGUGUUUUUGGUUGGUUGACAUAUUGUUAUGCUGUUGAUUCGAAUUAUACAAAAUGUAUUCAUUGUUGUAAAUAAAGUUAUUUUCCUCCUCCAUG